GCUUUGCACCGGAUUUACCUGCUCUGAUAUCGGUGGGGGAGGGGGCAGCAGCAGCAGCCUUUUGGGCGCUCGGCUGGAGUCGCUGUCUGUGGGUAUCUGCGUAUCGUAGCGCCCGGCAGACCCCCUCGCCAUGUCGGACUUUGACAGCAACCCUUUCGCCGACCCGGACCUCAACAACCCUUUCAAGGAUCCUUCGGUUACACAAGUGACGAGAAAUGUUCCUCCAGGAUUAGAUGAGUACAACCCUUUCUCAGAUUCCAGAACUCCACCGCCAGGAAAUGUAAAAAUUCCCAAUGUGCCUAGUACGCAGCCAGCUAUCAUGAAACCAACUGAGGAACCGCCUGCUUAUACGCAAAUCGCAAAGGAACAUGCCCUGGCCCAGGCUGACCUACUUAAGCGUCAGGAAGAAUUAGAAAGGAAAGCAGCUGAACUAGAUCGCAGAGAAAGAGAGAUGCAGAGUCUCAACCAGCAAGGAGGAAGAAAGAACAAUUGGCCUCCUCUACCUGGAAACUUUCCAGUGGGUCCCUGUUUUUACCAGGAUUUCUCUGUAGAUAUCCCUGUAGAGUUCCAGAAGACAGUAAAGAUUAUGUAUUACUUGUGGAUGUUCCAUGCAGUGACACUAUUUCUUAACAUCUUUGGAUGUCUGGCCUGGUUUUGCCUUGACCCUAAGCGAGGAGUUGACUUUGGAUUGAGUAUUCUCUGGUUCUUGCUUUUUACUCCUUGCUCAUUUGUCUGCUGGUACAGACCACUUUAUGGAGCCUUCAGGAGUGACAGCUCUUUCAGGUUCUUUGUUUUCUUUUUUGUGUACAUUUGUCAAUUUGCUGUCCAUGUACUUCAGGCUGCAGGAUUCCAAGGAUGGGGCAACUGUGGAUGGAUUUCAUCCCUCACUGGGCUCAACCUUAGUAUUCCAGUAGGCAUUAUGAUGAUAAUCAUAGCAGCGCUUUUCACAGCAUCUGCAGUCAUUUCACUAGUAAUGUUUAAAAAGGUGCACGGUCUGUACCGCACAACUGGAGCAAGUUUUGAGAAGGCCCAACAAGAAUUUGCAACAGGGGUGAUGUCCAACAAAACUGUACAGACUGCUGCAGCCAGUGCUGCAUCGACAGCAGCAACUAGUGCUGCUCAAAAUGCUUUCAAGGGUAACCAAAUAUAGAAAAAAGAGAUGAAAAAUCACUACAAUUUUCUGGCUGUAUUUUCUUUUCCAGUCACUUACAUAGUCUAAAAGACUUGCAUUAAAAAGGCACACAGCAUGUAUGUCUCUUCAGCUGUGCAUGGGCUAAAAAAGGAAAAGGUCAUUGUUUCAUUCCUUUAUACACUUAUUUAUUCAAAGGUACUUCCUGGCUACUACUCUUAACUUAAAAUUUUUCUAUUUUUCUCCAUUUUUUUGGAGAAGUGCUAUAUUUGGUGAAAAAUUCAACAAUGAAUCUGAAAUUGAUAUGGCAGCUUCUGGGGUCAACUUAAAUGAAUUUUAGGGAAAUUCUUGUCAAUAGCUCUCUCUGGAAACUUCCAUUUUGACUUGAGACUAGCAAUUUUGGAUUAACUCCUUUUGUUCCUAACAACUUGCUUCCCUAUUUUCUUAACAUAAGGAACAGAGUAACUGACAGUCUUGAACGAGAAAUUUUGGCUGCUGCUUCAUAGCGUCAGCAGCUGAUGAAGGACAAAUGUAAACUUAAAAUAAGUAUGAUAGAUAAUGUAAAUUUCUUUUUUUAGGAUAAUAGGUCUUUUGAUAAAAAUCUGAGUUUGCAUGAAACAGUUUUGACCAUGCUGAGCUAGUGUUUUGGUCCAGAAUUUGUCUCUACCACUAUGGCCAUAGUAUUUUUUGGGAUCUGUUUUCAUGGUGUAUGGUCUAAUAACAGAAAUUUUGGAGCACAGAAUCUCACCAAAAGAAUAUGUAAUGCAACAUGUAUUGAAAGGAAGUUAAUUAUGUUUAAUCAAAGCUGAGUUAUUGUGUAUGCUAUUUUUAAUUUCAGUAUUCAUGUCUUAGGAAAACAUAUUGCUAAAGAUCUGUUAACCAAUAUUUAGUACAUUCUCAUAGCUAGUCCUUUUUGACAUGUGUUAAAAUGCAGUGGAAUUUUUGUUGCGCUUAAGAAGUCUGAAUUUUUUUUUUAAGUGUGCACUUGUGUUGAACAAUGGUGCUAACUCUCUAGCCAUGUUGAUCACUCUGUUUACUGCUUGUACAAACAUCUGAUUUAAAUCUUUGAUAUACACUAUCUGAUUUAAAUCUUUAAGAUGGAUCUUGGUCUCUAAUCAGGCUCUUUUAAAACUGGAAUUUAAUUAUGUACUUGAAUUCUUUUUAACAUACUUCAGCCUUCAUAUGUGAUUUUAAUCUGAAUAAAUGCAUUUUAUAAAAUGCAAAUGGAAGAUGAGUUUUUAGUGUAAUACUAAUCAACUAUGUGUGUUACAUAGUUUUUACAUUUUUAAUUCAUCUUUAUUUUCUGAGUCUUAUUUAGCUCUCAUUUGAAGGUCAUUUUUUUCAUUUGACAUUCUGAAGUAUAUGAUUGCAACUUGAAACAUAUCUUGGAUUAACUUCAAAUGCGAUUCAAUUUCUGCCAUUAAAGGCUUUUAAUUAUAUACUGCAUAAAAGUGUUACAAUAUAGCUCCCAGUUGUAAAGCACUCUGACCCAACAUUUACUUGGAAAAAUAUUAUUCAGCAUGGUCUAGAUCUUGGGUAUGCUCACAUAUCUCAAAUUGCAAACUUUACUUUAUGGGGAUAAACAAUUUGGAAAAAUUUAACAAUUUCAUUACAACAGUAAAUACUAAAAAACAGACGAUAUGAGAAUUAUAUUUUGUAAACAGUUUUCUGUACCUAAAGCAGAGGGCAGGUAGUACUAUAGAUGUAGUGAGUGAUUUGAUGUAAUUAUUUCUUCAUCAGUAAGAGAAAUUUUAGUUGUCUUGAGCUUGCUUUUAUGUACACUUUAUUUCAGUCCUUGAUCCUUUAUUAGUUGCCCUAAUUCAUUUUUGUUGCUAAUCCUUUAAACUGAAUUGGGGGGGCGGGGCAGAAGCAACUUUAUUUGCAGUUUUUUAAAAAAUAAAUUGUUCUUGAAUAACUUUUUUUCCUCAGGGCAUAAAGCAGAUUGAAACUUGAAAUAGUUAAAUGCUAGUUUGCAGAUGACUUCUACUAUUUUGGUCUAAGAAAACGAGAGCAUAUAUUGACUGGUAUGUCUACAAUUUUACAAAUCAGCAUGUAGAAAAUUGUCCUUCUGGGUUAAGUCAAGAGUAACAGAGUGAAUUUCAGCAUUGUCCCUAACUUCUAGUUUUUAGUUUUUGGCAAAAGGCUGUUGUAUGUUAAAAUACUUAACAAUGGUAUUAAAAUAUAUUGGUUAACAAGUAUAUACCCAUUAUUUAAGUCAUUUUGUAGUAUCCAGUUGUGGCAAGUUUAGUUUAAAAUACGAAAGUUUCAACACUGGAAUGUCAGUACUCUGAUUUACAAUUUUGGCAUUGGAGUUAAUUAUAUGAGGGAUAUCUGUAUAUUUUGUAAAUUACUGACAAUGCUUUGCCAUCCUGAUGAAUGUCAUGGUUCUGUACAAAUGGACACAGAUCCUCUGAUGUUGCAUGUCUGGGUAGUUCAAAGGUUCUGCAUAUUUAUUGUAUUAACUCAGUGACAUAGAAUAAAAUGUUUCCUGAUUGUUUGCUCUGUAUAGUUUUAAAACAAAGUAGGCACUUUUUGUAAACGGCAAGAUAAAAUGCAAGAAGAUUAAUAUGUACAGAAAAUAUCACGUAUUUGCCUCAGUCCAGCUCUAGUCAUGUGUAGUUACACAGAGGCAGAAAGUAAUUCAGUGCAGAUAGAAAAGAUCCAGUCGGAUGUCCAUUUAAAUGUAAAUAUAGUCCGACUGUACUGCAUUGCUUUCAAACUGUAGUGUGCCUGUGCAUUCUUGUCCACUCUGACACUACCAGUCACAUGUAGCUAUGCACUGCUAGAGCUGGGUCAGGGAGUUGGUUUUUUGUAAUCUGUAUAUAAAUUCUGUGAUUUCCUGCAAUGGGAAAAGUAUGUCAAUUACCAGAACAACAAAUCGGUACAAUUAGAACUGGGUCUGGUUUAAGGAAGCACCCAGUAAUAGUUGGUGUGUUUUGGUUUUGUGAUGUAAAUUGGAAUCCUUAAAGAGAAUGAUUUGUCGGUACUGAUGAAAUCUAGAAGUAUUAAAUUUUGUCUGGGAACUUGUUGGAAGUAAAAUGAAACCUCUGAAAACAAA